UGCGGUUAGUUGGCGCGCGGGGCCCCGGUGACUGGGACGGCCAAAUACAGGCGCUCCGUAUAUAAAAAGGCAGAGACAAGAGAGAGAGAGACAGGGCCGGAAACGAGCAGGGAUACAAAAAGCUGUAUUAAACGGAGUGACGACCACACAGUGACGACGACGAAGACGACCGAAUCAGUAAUAUACACACAUAUUUUUUUUUUUCUUGUUCGUUACGCGACUAUUCGAGAAUCACACACAAAGUGCGCGGCGAAGAAUCUCGUUGACGAGCCGCGAGCUCUCGACCUGAUCGACACGUUCAACCUGCCCAAGAAUCCGGGAGAGAUUAAAUAGGAUUUCUACCACAACGACCCCUACGACCAUUUGUCGGCCUCCGGAACGUUUGGAUACUUAAGCAGCUCUGCCUCAAGUCGAAGGAGGUACCCUGCAAAAAGUAGGCGUGUCCACGAUCCUCCGGAUCGAGGGUAAAGCACGGGAGGUUGGAUGGUGCCGCGGGUCGGCGCCGUUUGAACCGACACCGAGGCGGAAGGGGGGCAGGGCCAGGUUUCCCUCGCGAGCUGAGCACGAAGGAGCGAAUCAGGGGGGCGGGGGUGGGUCUACUCGAUCCCUUAAACGGGAUAGGAGGGUGGCUCGUCCAUCCGUUGUGAGAUUCGCCGUUAAAAGGCGGGGGAGGAGGAGGUGCGAAGGCGGCCCGUCGCCAUGGGGGUCGCCGACGAUUUCGCGCCGAGCUUCACCCAGAAGCCUCAGCUCAGACAAGAGGACGACGGUAAUCGGUUGAUAUUCGAGUGUCAGCUGGUCAGCUCGCCGAAACCGGAGAUAUCAUGGUUCCGCGGGGAGACCGAGCUGAGCCCGGACGACAGGACGAACUUCAAGAUGCAGAGCAUCGGUACGAACAAGUUCCUGGUCGUGCUGGAGCUCGACGACGUGAUCGAGACCGACGCGGGCCUAUACAAGGUCAAGGCCAAGAACAAGAUGGGCGAGGUCGCGGCUUCGAUCAACCUGAAUUUCAGCCCUGUCGAUGAGCCUAGGGAGAAACAAAUCGACGGCAUCGCGCCGACUUUCGCGAAAAAGCCCGCUAUCAGACAAGAAGACGAUGGUAAACGACUACUUUUCGAAUGUCGCAUCACAGCCGAUCCCACGCCAAAAGUUACGUGGUUUCACGAUGGAAGUAUGGUCAAAGACUCACCGAGGCACAAGCUGACCGUCGACAAAGAUGGCCACUCGUACUUCGCGACGCUGGAAAUUAAAAAUGUGACCGUCGAGGAUGCUGGAAAAUACAAGGUCACCGCGAAGAACGAGCUCGGCGAGUCGAACGCCACCAUUUCCUUAAACUUCGACAACGCAGAAGAGGGACCUGGUUUCGCACCGACGUUCGUCGAGAAACCGCGUAUCAUUCCGAACGAAACCGGUACCUUGAUCACGAUGAAGUGCAAGUGCAAGGCGAACCCGAAACCGGACGUGACGUGGUUCCGUGGGACCAACGUUGUCAAGGAGUCUUCAAAGAUCUCGAUCAAGACGAAGACCGUGGAGGAGGACGUUUACGAGUUGAUUAUGGAAAUCAAGGAUCCUUCGGCGCCGGACGGUGGCACGUACAGGUGUCACGUGCAAAAUGAAUACGGAGAGAGCAACGCCAAUUUGAAUCUGAACAUCGAGGCCGAGCCGGAACCGGAAGGUGAUGGGCCGACCUUCGUCGAAAAGCCGCGCAUACAGUCCCAGAAUCAGGGUAAACUCGUUAUAAUGGACUGCAAAGUGAAAGCCAGUCCGAAACCGGAAAUCGUGUGGACCCACGCCGGUCAAGUGGUGAAAGAAUCAUCGAAGAUUUCCAUCAGCGUCGUUCAAGAGAAAGAGGAUAUUUAUUACAUUAAAUUGACCUUGAGCGAUCCUGGCCCAGAGGAUUCCGGAUUGUACAAAUGCAACAUCAAGAACGAUCUUGGCGAAUUGAAUGCGAAUCUGACGCUUAACGUCGAGAUUAUACCUGUGAUCAAGGAGAAACCAAAGGUCGUGAAGAUCGUGAAGAAGAGAACAGUCGUGGUCGAGUGUCACGUGCUCUCCAAGUUCACGCCGGACUGCACUUGGUUCAAGGAAACGCAAGCGGUUAAACAGGACAGUAGGCACAAGGUGCACGUGGAACAAGUGAAAGAGGGAGAAUUCGCUGUCAAAUUAGAAAUCGAACAGAUAACGGCUACGGAUAAGGGUGUGUACAAAUUGGUAGCCCGUAAUGAGAAAGGCGAAGCAACGUCGCAGGUUGUGGAAGUCACGGAUAUCAUGGAGGAAGGCGACAAACCGAAGAUAGCGUCCGGUUUGAAAUCAGCGACGAUAGAGGAAGGUAAAUCGAUCGAACUCAUCGCCAGUCUAUCGAAAUCCGACCGCAAAGUGAACAUCUCGUGGUACAGAGAUUCCACGGUGAUCAAGUCUCAAAAGGACAUCAUGAUAUCCUUCAAUGGUACGGACAUGAAACUGACCAUCACGACCACUACCACUUCACACACCGGCACUUACAAGGUUGUCGUCAGCAACGAAUUCGGCCAAGACGAAUCGUCGGCCCGAUUAGUCGUGGAGAAAAAAGAGGAAGAGAAGAAGGAGGAGGAGGAAGAAGAAAAGAAGAAGAAGAAAGUUGAAAAGAAAGAAGAGGAGAAGAAGGAGGAAAAGAAAGAGGAGAAGAAGGUAGAAAAGAAAGAAGAGAAGAAGGAGGAGAAGAAGGAAGAAAAGAAGGCAGAAAAGAAAGAAGAGAAGAAGGAAGAAAAGAAGGAGGAUAAGGUAAAGAAUUCGAUCUGGAGCGACGAGGGGGAGACCGAUUACGACGAAAGUGUCCUCGAGGAGGAGGAAGAGGAAGAGGAAGUGGUGAGUGUAAUCGAAUCCAGCGUCGCAGAGCCAAUUAUCGAGGAACCAGAAUCUGAAACGAUAUCACAAAUGGAGGACAUACCAGACAAGAAAUCAAAUGGUAUCGACAAACCUGGUCUCAAGAAGAAACUGGAAGUGAUUCAGAAGAAACCAGAAGAGAAAAUCGCGGAGAAGAAGGAAGCAGAAAAGAAGAAGAUCGUGAAGAAGGAGGAAGAGAAGAAAGAGGAAGCGACGUUGAAAGCUGAGAAAACGGUGUCUCGCAAGCAGUCCAUUAGCAGAGUCGAAGAGCUACGAACGGAAAGCCGAAGGAGCUCUCUGGUGUCGACAGAGGAAAAGACCGAAGAGGAGUACAAGUCUGAGAGCAGGCGAUCGUCUAUCGUCGAGAAGAAGAAGGUGACAGCUGAGAAGAAAGAGGAAGUCACCGCUAAAACGAAGACUGUUGGGAAAGAGGAAACAAAGGAGGCACUUAAAACCAAAUCCAAGGUAGAAGAAGUUAAGAAGACGGAACCCACGAAACCCCAGGUCACUCCCGGUAAACCCGCGGAGCCUAAGAAAGACGAACCCGCCACGAAACCAAAGACUGCCGUCGGUAAACCCGAAGAGGCGAAGACAGAGGAACCCGUUACGAAACCCAAAACCACUUUAAGUAAACCCGAACAGGCAAAGAAGGAAGAACCCGCCCCGAAACCCAAGACUACUCUCGGUAAACCCGAAGAGGCAAAGAAGGUAGAAGCUGCCCCGAAACCUAAGGCCACCCUCGGUAAACCCGAAGAGGCAAAGAAAGAAGAACCCGCCCCGAAACCAAAGACCACCCUCGGUAAACCCGAAGAGGCAAAGAAGGAAGAACCCGCCCCAAAACCUAAGGCAACACUCGGUAAACCCGAACCAAAAAAGACAGAGGAACAGGGCAGGAAGUUCAGUCUUAAACCUGUUGCUAAGAUGGAGGAAGAGAAGAAGACUUUGCAGAAAAUCGAGCUCAAACCCGUCACAACGAACGCGACCUUGGAGAAAUUAGGACUGCGUAAACCACCGAAACACGAAAUUAAAGCCGAGAACUUUCAAUCUAUCCAACUUAAACCGGUUCCAAAGGAGCCGAAAAAGGCUCAGCAGGCUGAGAAUGGGAAUAUGGUUGAGCUGAAGAAAACCGAGAAGGCCGAGAAGGUUGAACUUAAGAAGGCUAAGACGGCCAAAUCGUCGAAGGACAGCAGCUACGAGCUUCCAGAAAUUCCAGACUAUGAGAGACCGGUCUUGGAAAAGCCUCAGGAAUUCGAUUUCGGCGACCGUGUGCCUCGCGACAAAACGAAGCUGGACAGGCCGACCACUCAGAAAUUCGACUCUAAGCCGAAAGUGCCGGAAAUCAAAGCUCCCGAGACACCGAAGAUCGAAGUUAUCAAGGACGUGACCCCGGCUGGAAGCAGAAAGGGUUCCCUGAUACCUGGUAGCGGUACCAGCAGUCGACGUGGUUCAUUGAUACCACCCGAGGAAUUGGGUCGCAGACCCAGCCUGAUCAUCAGUGACGAGGAGAAUAGGAAGCUGCGACCAGGCGAGGUGGUGGACGAGCGCAAGCGUCGUCGUCCGAGCACGGACGUUAGAAGACCCAGCGUGGCGGACCUCGAGAAUAAGAUCAAUCAGCCGAGCACACCUCUUCGAGAUGUUGGACCACCGGGACCACCUCAAAUCGUCGAUGUCCAGGAGUCUUAUUCCGCCGUCGAAGACUCGACGGCGUAUCUCACGGUCGGGGUGGAGGGUACGCCCGCGCCCACCUUCAAGUUCUACAAAGGAAUCACCGAGAUCAUCGAAGGUGGCCGAUUCAAGUUCCUUACGGACACGGAGACCAAUACGAUCACCCUCUGCAUGAGGAAGACGAAGCCCAACGACGAGGGUACUUACAAGAUCGUCGUGAGCAACAUCCAUGGCGAGGAUUCCGCCGAGAUGCAACUUUACGUUUCCGACGCCAGUGGUAUGGACUUCCGUGCUAUGCUGAAAAAGAGAAAGUACCAGAAAUGGGCGAGAGAAGAACAGGAACAGGAAAAGGUAGACUUGAAGGAAGUCGAGAAGCCGAUGCCGGCGUUAAAGAAAGUGGAAAAGAAACAAGAGAGCUUCCUGAAACCACUGGUCGAUCAGUAUGCCAAGGAGGGCAAAGACAAGAAGAUCGUCUUCGAGGCGAAUUUCUCGAAACCGAACUGCAAACCGAAAUGGUUCUUCCGAAAAGACGAAUUGUUCCCUUCGUCGAAGUAUAAAUUCAAGAACGAAGAGGACUGCUACCAGCUGAUCAUCUUGAAUCCUAAGGUCGAAGAUACCGGCAAAUAUACUAUUGAAAUUUCAGGCGUUUCGAGCACAGGCUUCCUCAAUGUCGAGGAACCGGAUCCGACCUAUACGUUUACCAAACCACUCUCGAAAAAGUCGAGUGGCUUCACAAAGCACGAAGUGUUCAUGGAAUGUACUGUCAGCUCCAAUCUCGCUCAAGUUUCAUGGUACAAAGGAAAGACGAAGCUCGAAGACGGCGACACGUACAGCAUAUCGAAGGAUAUGAGCGGCGUCUGCCGAUUAACCAUAAAGAGCGCCACGCUCGAAGAUAGCGGCGAAUACAUUUGUAAGAUUAACAAACAAACUGACAAGACUGAAACGGUCCUGACCGUAGUUGAAUAUCCUUACAAGUUCGUCAAGGUGUUGAAGCACCAGCAGCUCGUAGAAAAGGAAACUCUGACCCUGCUCUGCGAGUUGGACGAUGCCGGUGGCGACGUGAAAUGGUUCAAGGGUGAACAAGAGAUUCAACCUGACAAGAGGGUACAAAUCAAGGAAGAAGGUAGGAAGAGGAAGUUGAUAAUCAAGGAUGUGAAGGUUACAGACGCAGGCCUCUAUUCUUGCGUGAGCAACGCCGACAAGACCGAGGCCGAAAUAGUUGUAAACUACGCGAACCGUUUCAACAAGAAACUAAAGGACACAGUCGCGGUCGAAAGGGAGAAGUUGGUACUCGACGUGGAACUUCAGGACCAAACUGCCCCAGCAGAAUGGAAGUUCAAUGGGAAACCCAUCGAACCCAACGAUAGGGUGGAAAUCAAGAAUCUGGGCGGUGGUAAGCAUCAAUUGGUCUUCAACAGUGUGGAGAUGAUCGAUGACGGUGAGAUCACCUGCGAGAGCGGACAGCUGAGCAGCAGUUGUAAGCUCACAGUCAAGAAGGGCGAGAGCAAACCAAUAGUCGAGGUUCCCGACAAGGUCGAAGGUCCUUGUAGCGCUCCACUUGUGUUCGUUGUUCCUUUCAAGAUCGAAGGCACGAAACAGAGCCAGGUGGAAGCUAAACUGAUGAAAGAUGGCAAGCCUCUGCCUUUGAAAGAAGUCGAGGUGGUCGUCGGUGAGGAUAAGAUCACCUUCAAAAUCAAAAAACCGUCUCGCGAUCAAUCCGGUAUAUAUCAAGUGAAGAUCGGCAACAACCAGGGAGAGGAAGUCAAAGAUGUAAACAUAAACAUGCAAGACGUGCCAUCAGCGCCCACAGACGUCGACGUGAACGAGAUCUUCCAGAAUUCCUGCGUGGUGUCCUUCAAACCGUCGAAGGACGACGGUGGUUCUCCGAUCACGAAAUAUGUCAUUGAACGUUUGGAUCUCAGCCUGAAGUCGCAAUGGGACAGCGUGGGCGAAGUGAUGCCGGGCGAGAAGUGCGUCUACAAAGUCCAAGAUCUCAUCGCGAAGAAGGAAUACAAAUUCCGCAUAAGGGCGGUGAACAAACUCGGCUCCAGCGAACCGGCGAUGUUCGCGAAACCGGUUCUCGCGAAAGACCCGUGGGACGAGCCGGGCAAACCCACGAAUGUGGAUGUCACCGAUUGGGACAAGGAUCACGCUGAUCUGAAAUGGACGAAACCAGAAAAUGACGGUGGCGCGCCUAUCACCGGUUACAUAAUCGAGUACAAGGAGAAAUUCGGCAAAGAAUGGGUGAAGGGCAAGGAGAUCGAGGGCGACGUGACCGAAGCGACCAUCGACGGUCUGAAAGAGGGCACACAAUACGAGUUCAGAAUCAGGGCUGUGAACAAAGCGGGACCGGGUGAACCAUCCGACGCUACAAAGCCGAUCAUCGCCAAGAGCCGAUUCGUUAAACCGUACAUCGUCGGCGAUGGCCUGACGAAUCUCAUCGUGAAGAAGGGACAGGUCAUUAAGUACGAUAUCAAAUAUGCCGGCGAACCUGAACCGGAAGUGCACUGGUUCCUCGGCGAGAAAGAGCUUGUCCAAGACGCCGCUGAGAGAAUCACGAUCGACAAAUAUGAGAGAAAUACCGUGCUCACUGUCAGAAAGACCACCAGACCGGAUUCAGGAAAAUACAAGCUGGUCUUGUCGAACAGCUCUGGAACUUGCGAGAGCAUAGCGGAUGUCGUUGUACUUGAUAAACCAUCGAGACCAACAGGACCAUUGAAGGUCGAGGAAGUGCGUUCUGAUCACGUGAAAGUGACUCCCAAGAAGAAGUAUAAAUUCCGUGUGAAGGCCGUGAAUAAGGAGGGCGAAUCGGAACCACUGGAAGUGGAUGAAGCUAUCCUUGCCAAGAAUCCAUAUGACGAGCCUGGUAAACCCGGCAAGCCAGAAAUAUUCGACUACGACAAUGUCAGCGUGUCGUUGAAGUGGCAGAAACCGGAAACCGACGGCGGUAGGCCAAUCACGCAUUACACUGUCGAAAUGAAGGAUAAGUUCUCGCCAGAUUGGGUCGAGGUUGCGAAAACAGCGGACGCUACAACGGAGGUAAAAGUGGAAGGCCUUAAAGAGAAGAUGGUUUAUCAGUUCCGAGUACGUGCACACAACAAAGCAGGCCCUGGUGAGCCUAGCGAGCCUACGGACAACCAUAUUUGCAAGCACAGAAAUCUCAAACCGAGAAUCGACAGAACCAACUUCAAGUCGGUGAUCAUCAAGGCUGGUCGCACGCACAAAUGGUCCGUGGACAUCAGCGGUGAACCACCUCCAGAAGCGAAAUGGGUCUGGCGUGAUAAUAUUCCUCUAACAAACACAGAACGCAUCAAAAUCGAAAAUGUCGAUUACCAUACAGACUUCACGAUUGUGAAUGCGAUGCGCAAAGACACCGGGAAGUACACCCUCAUCGCUGAAAAUGCCAACGGCAAAGAUGAGGAAACAGUGGAACUUACUGUUCUUGGAAAACCAAGCGCUCCAAAGGGCCCCUUGGAAGUGACAGACGUUACCGCCACGUCAGCCAAAGUGAAGUGGGAGAAGCCAGAGGACGAUGGCGGUGUCCCGAUCAAGGAAUACGAAAUCGAGAAACUGGACACAAAAACUGGCAAAUGGGUUAGAGUGGGGAAGGUACCAGGAAACUCACCGCUGACGGAAUUCGAUGUGACUGGAUUGAAUCCUGGCAGCGAGUACAAGUUCCGUGUGACCGCUGUCAACGAUGAAGGCGACUCCGAGCCUCUCGAGAGCGAACGCCCGAUUAUUGCCAAGAAUCCAUACGAUGAACCUCACAAGCCUGGCACGCCGGAGAUAACCGAUUACGACAACGAGUCUGUGAGCUUGAAAUGGACUCCUCCAGAUUUCGAUGGUGGAUCACCGAUCGAGAAAUAUAUAAUCGAGAAGAAGGAUCGUUACAAGCCGGACUGGGAGAAAGCUAUCGAAGUACCGGGUAAUCAGUUGGAGGCUAAAGUGGCCGAUCUGAAGGAACGAGGGGAAUAUCAAUUCAGAGUGAUCGCGGUGAACAAAGCCGGCCCGUCUCCGCCGUCGGAUGCCUCCAAGAUGCAGAUAUGCAAGCACAAAGCUCUGAAGCCAAGAAUCGAUCGGACAAAUUUGAAACCCAUCACCGUACGAGCGGGUAAAUCGAUCAAAUACGACGUGGAUGUGCGUGGCGAACCACCGCCAGAGAUUACGUGGUACCACGCUAACGAGGCAAUGAAAACGGCUGAGAACAUUGAAAUCGUAAACGUCGAGUACAACACGAAGCUCAAUAUCAGCGAUUGCGUGCGCAAGAAUACUGGCGUGUGGAAGAUAAAAGCUGUGAACGCUCACGGUGAAGACGAGGCCGAAGUCGAGAUUACCAUACUUUCGGCUCCUGGAAAACCAAAGGGUCCUCUCAAAGUAUCCGACGUCACGAAGAACGGAUGCAAGCUGAAAUGGGGAAAACCAGAGGACGACGGUGGCAAACCUGUUACCAGUUACCAGGUCGAGAAGCUGGACAAGGCCACUGGAAGAUGGGUACCGGUGGGACGUACUUCCGACACCGAAAUGGACAUUAAAGGUCUCCAGGAAGGUCACGAAUAUGAGUUCAGGGUGAAGGCCAUCAACGAGGAGGGCGAAUCUGAACCUCUUGUCACCGAUGGCACCACUCUCGCCAAGAAUCCUUAUGACGUAACCAGCAAGCCUGGUACGCCAGAAUUCGAGGACUGGGACGUGGAUCGCGUUGAUUUGAAGUGGGAACCACCGAAGGACAUGGGUGGCGCACCUAUUACUGGUUAUAUCAUUGAAAUGAAAGAAAAACCGUCCACCCACUGGCAAGAGGCGCUGGUCACUGAAUCGCCUCAGCCAAAGGGUCGUGUCACUGGAUUGAAAAAAGGCUCCACGUACCAAUUCCGUGUUCGUGCAGUUAAUAAGGCUGGACCAUCGGAACCAAGCGACCCAACGAAACCGCACAUCGCGAAAGCACGAUACUUGAAACCACACAUUAACCGUGAGAAGUUGCAACAGAUUAAAGUCAGAGCUGGUCAAAUGGUGAAAUUGGAAGUCGACGUUGAAGGCGAACCGCCUCCAACGAUCACUUGGAACUUCGCUGGCGCAGUUCUGCAGACUGGUGCGAACGUUAAGAUCGACAACGAAGAUUAUCUGACAAAGAUUCAUUUGACAAACACCAGUCGCAAGAACAGCGGAAAAUACACGAUUAAAGCUGUCAACGAUUCGGGUCAAGACGAGGCAGACGUUGACAUUAUUAUUCUGGACAAGCCCGGUAAACCAGAGGGUCCUCUGGAAGUGACGGAUGUCCACAAAGAAGGGUGCAAGCUGAAAUGGAGCAAACCAAAGGACGACGGUGGUCUGCCUCUGUCCAGCUACAUAAUCGAAAAAAUGGACGUAACCACAGGACGAUGGGUGCCUGCCGGUAUCGUCGAUCCUGACAAAACAGAGCACGCUAUUACUGGUCUGGAACCUGGUCAUAAGUACGAGUUCCGUGUGAAGGCUGUGAACGAAGAAGGAGAAUCGGAACCUCUGCAGACCGAUACUGCAAUCCUGGCUAAGAAUCCGUAUGAUGCUCCUGCCGCCCCUGGCCUUCCGGAGAUCAUCGACUGGUCCGAGAACAUGGUUAAACUUAAGUGGGAACCACCUAUAAGAGAUGGUGGUGCACCAAUUACCGGAUACAUUAUUGAAAUGAAAGACAAGUUCGGUACCGCGUUCGUAAAGGCCGCUGAAAUCCAAGGUCCUACUUGCACAGGAACAGUUCCACGAUUGGAAGAAGGAAAUCAAUAUCAAUUCAGGGUCCGAGCUGUCAACAAAGCAGGUCCUGGCGAACCUAGCGAAGCUACGAACCCUCAUACGGCCAAGGCUCGUUGGUUGAAACCGUUCAUCGACCGCACCAAUUUGCAACCUGUUACCGUGAAAGUUGGUCUCACGGUGACCUUGGACGUGAACAUCAUCGGAGAACCGCCUCCAACAGUCACCUGGUCGUUCCAAGGCAGCGAGCUCAAGUCGGACGAUACGAUACGUAUCGACAACAUUGACUAUAAUACCAAAUUCUUCAUUUUGAAGGCCAAGAGAGCUCAUACUGGAAAGUACGUCAUUAACGCAAAGAACGAAGUGGGUGAAGACACAGCUGAGGUUGAAAUAACCGUCCUCGGUAAACCUAGCAAGCCAAAGGGUCCUCUGGAAGUGUUCGACGUCAACAAACAUGGUUGCAAGUUGAAAUGGGAGAAACCGGAAGACGACGGUGGCGCUCCGGUCGAGUACUACGAAAUUGAAAAACUGGAUCCUCUUACUGGACAAUGGAUACCGUGUGGAAAAUCCACUGAACCGGAGGCCACGGUAACCGGCCUCCAAGAGGGUAAACCUUACAAAUUCCGCGUGAAGGCGGUUAACAGAGAGGGCGAAUCCGACGAGCUUGAAGCGGACAAAUCUAUUAUAGCGAAAAAUCCAUUCGACGAACCCGGCAAGCCUGGUCGUCCAGAAAUUAAGAACUGGGACAAGGACUUCGUCGAUCUCGAAUGGACGCCACCGAAAGACGAUGGCGGAGCUCCCAUCGAGAAAUACAUUAUACAGAUGAGGGACAAGGAAGGAAGACAAUGGAUAGACGUGGCAAAGGUUGGUGGUGACCGAAACGUCGCUAAAGUUACCGAUGGAAUCGAAGAGGGUCACGAGUACGAGUUCAGAGUAGUGGCUGUCAACAGAGCCGGACCUGGCGAACCCAGUGACACAUCGAGAAGCGUCGUGGCUAAACCCCGCUUCUUGGCGCCACGCAUCGACCGUAAGAAUCUACAGAAGAAAGUGAUGCGAGUGGGACAAUUGCUACGCAUCGAGGCGGACAUACAGGGUGAACCGCCUCCAGUGGUCACAUGGAAGCUUAAAGACGCCGUGCUUAAAAGCAUGGAUCGUCUGAAAAUCGAAAACGAAGACUACCAUACCACCUUCAUUAUAACUAAAUUACAAAGAAUCGAUACUGGCACCUACACUGUCAUCGCCAAGAACGAUAGCGGUACCGAUCAAGUAGACCUCGAAAUCCAGGUGUUAAGCAAACCUGGAAAACCGAAAGGACCCCUCGAAGUGUCCGACGUGACUGCAGAGGGCUGCAAGCUCAAGUGGGACAAACCGGACGACGAUGGUGGCGAACCAGUUGAUCAUUACGUUAUCGAACGAAUGGACGUCGACACUGGCAGAUGGGUACCUUGUGCCACCAGCAAAACUCCGGAAGCGGAUGUCACUGGCCUGAACGAAGGCAAAGACUAUAUGUUCCGUGUGAAGGCCGUUAAUUCCGAAGGUGAAUCCGAACCACUGGAGACGGCAAUUCCAACCACAGCGAAGAAUCCUUACACCGAGCCCGAUGCGCCAGGCAAGCCAGACCUCAAAGACUGGUCGAAGCACCAUGUAGACCUGAAAUGGAAAGCUCCAAAGAACGAUGGCGGAGCACCGAUCGAGAAGUACAUUAUCGAGAAGAAAGAUCAGUACGGUAAAUGGCAGAAAGCUGCCGAAGUGCCUGGAAACAAGACCGAUGGUCGCGUCGAGGACCUGAUAGAGGGACAAAAGUAUCAAUUCCGCGUGAGGGCGGUGAACAAGGGUGGCCAGAGCAAACCCAGCGAAGCCAGCGACAGCCUGAUAGCCAAGGACCGUUACGCUGCGCCGAGGAUCGAUCGCACGAACUUGAAGGACCUGACGAUCAAAGCUGGCAAUCACAUUCGCCUGGACGUCAAAGUGACCGGAGAACCACCUCCAACGAAGACGUGGUACCUGAACAAGGCCAAACAAGAAUCCGCUGGCCUGUUGACGAUCGAGCUGGAAGAUUACAGGACGAAAUUUAUCGUACUCGCGGCAAGCAGAUCUCACUGCGGCACGUUGACCUUGAAAGCGGAGAACAGCUCCGGAAAGGACGAGGCUUCGAUCGAAAUUCUAGUCCUGGACAAACCUGGCAAACCGGAAGGUCCUCUAAAGGUAUCCGACGUCCACAAAGAGGGAUGCACGUUGAAAUGGAACCCGCCGCUGGACGACGGCGGCACGCCGUUGGAUCAUUACGUGGUCGAGAAAAUGGAUACGGAAACAGGACGAUGGAUCCCGGUGGGACGCACGAAAGAACCCAAUAUGGUCGUAGAGAAUCUGGUACCUGGCCAGGAGUACAAGUUCCGUGUUGCAGCCGUGAACGCGGAGGGUGAAUCGGAACCAUUGGAAACGGAUCAUGGAAUAGUGGCCAAGAAUCCAUUCGACGAACCAGGACCACCUGGUCGCCCAGAAGCAACGGAUUGGGACAAGGAUCACAUAGACCUAAGAUGGACUCCACCCUUGAAAGAUGGUGGAUCUCCAAUCACCGGAUACAUAAUCGAGAAACGCGAAAAAGACAGUCCACGUUGGGUAAAGGCUCUCGAAACCGGGCCCGACUGCAAGGGUCGCGUCGAUAAUCUCGACGAAGGCGUCGAAUACGAGUUCCGCGUGAAGGCCAUUAACGCCGCUGGCCCUGGCGAACCGUCAGACACCAGCAAACCGAUCACGGCCAAAUGUAGACGACUUGCGCCGAAGAUCGACCGCAAAAACUUGCGCGACAUCACGGUACGGGAGCACGAAGGAUUCCACUUCGAUGUUAAAAUCAUCGGUGAGCCACCGCCAGACGUGACCUGGCUCAUCAACAACAAGAGCAUUCAGGUGACCACCUAUCGUCGUAUACAGGACGUUCCGUACAACAGCAAGUUCUUCAACGACAAGCCUGAACGGAAGGAUAGUGGUAUAUACAAAAUCACGGCCGUUAACCAGCACGGGUCUGAUACCGCCGAGGUGGAAGUGACCGUUGUCUCUAAACCUGGCAAACCCGAGGGACCGCUCGAGGUGUCUGAUAUCCACAAAGAGGGAUGCACGCUCAAGUGGAAGAAGCCGAAAGACGAUGGCGGCGAGCCAAUCGAGGGAUACCUCGUGGAGAAGUUCGAUCCAGACACUGGCGUAUGGUUGCCAGUCGGCAAGACAAUGGGACCAGAGAUGAAGGUGGACGGACUGACACCUGGACACGAGUAUAAGUUCAGGGUGAAAGCGCUCAACAAGGAAGGAGAGUCGGAACCACUGGAGACUUUCAGCUCGAUUAUAGCCAAAGAUCCAUUCACUGUCCCAAGCCCUCCGGGAGCACCGGAACCGGUUGACUGGACCGCCAACCAGGUGGAGCUCACCUGGAAGGAACCAGUCAGCGACGGAGGAUCGCCAAUUACCGGAUACAUCGUCGAAAAGAAAGACAAAUACAGCACAAUGUGGGAGAAAGCUCUGGAAACCGAGACGCCAAACACAAAGGCUCUGGUCCACGGUCUCAUCGAGGGCAAUGAUUACUUGUUCCGUGUGAUCGCUGUGAACAAAGCCGGCCAAUCGGAGCCUGGCGACGCCAGCAAGACGUUCACGGCGAAACCACGAUUUUUGGCACCCAAGAUCGAUCGACGCAAUCUACGGGAUGUCACUCUGUCCGCCGGUUCAUUGCUGAGAUUCGACGCAAAUGUGAUCGGUGAACCACCACCACACAUUGAGUGGCGAUACGGGGCGAUUCCACUGCAUUCUGACAGAAAGGUGCAGAUCGACAACUCGGAGUACAGCACAAAGUUCAGUAUCCGUCCUGUGUCCCGCGACGAUAGCGGCGACUAUACCGUCUCAGCAAGCAAUUCCUCCGGAAGGGACGCCGUCACGGUACAGGUCACGGUCACAGACAAACCGAUGCCGCCGGAAGGACCACUUCAAGUCAGCGACGUUCACAAGGAGGGAUGCAAGCUGAAAUGGAAGAGGCCGAAAGACGACGGUGGCACCCCGAUCGAGUACUACCAGGUGGAUAAAAUGGACCCGGAGACCGGAUGCUGGGUACCUUGCGGUCGAUCCACCGAGCCAAGUUUGGAGGUGAACGGAUUGACACCAGGCAAAGAGUAUUUGUUCCGUGUCAGUGCAGUGAACGCUGAAGGAGAAUCUAAGCCUCUAGAAGCGGAACAGGCUAUUUUAGCCAAGAAUCCAUUUGACGAGCCAGGUAAACCGGGUGAUCUCCGAGCGACCGACUGGGACAAGGAUCACGUCGAUCUCGCAUGGACACCUCCAACAAACGACGGCGGAUCACCUAUCACCGGCUACAUAAUCGAGAAGAAAGACAAAUACGGCGAAUGGGAGAAAGCAUUGGAAGUGCCCGCUGACGAGACAAGCGCAACCGUCCCUGACUUGAUCGAAGGCCAGCCGUACGAGUUCCGUGUACGUGCCGUAAACAAAGCUGGCCCCGGCGAGCCAUCGGACGCGACGCCAACAAUCAUUGCGAAACCGCGAAACCAGGCGCCGAAGAUCGAUCGUACGAAUCUGGUGGAGGUCAGAAUCAAAGCCGGUCAGAACUUCAGCUUCGACGUGAAGGUAACCGGUGAACCUCCACCGAUCACGAAAUGGUCGUUGAACAAGCGAGAGGUCAGACCCACCGAGCGAAUCAAGGUGAAACACGUGGACUACAAUACCACGCUGAGUGUCCGAAUGGCCACCAGAGAGGACUCCGGCAAAUACGUGAUCACUGCCGAGAAUAUAAACGGUAUGGACGAGGCUGUGGUCAAGGUGACGGUUCUGGACAGGCCGAGCCCACCUCAGGGACCGCUCAGAGCUUCCGACGUUCACGCCGAGGGAUGCAAGCUGACCUGGAAACCACCGGAAGACGACGGUGGUCAACCGGUUGAAAAAUAUGUCGUCGAAAAGAUGGACGAGGCGACUGGUCGCUGGGUACCGGCAGGCGAAACCGACGGACCCGAAACAGCGCUGCAAGUUGAAGGACUUACACCUGGACACAAGUACAAAUUCAGAGUUCGCGCGGUCAACAAGCAUGGCAAGUCGGAGCCACUGGCGUGCAUGCAAACCGUCGAAGCAAAGAAUCCGUUCGACGAACCAGGAAAGCCUGGCACACCGACCGUCAGCGACUACGACUCGGACUUCGUGGAACUGCAAUGGGAUCGUCCACAAGAAGACGGUGGAUCCCCCAUUACCGGCUACGUCAUCGAGAAACGGGACAAGUACAGCCCAACGUGGGAGAAAUGUGCUGAAGUGGAAGGCGAUGUGAAUCGCGGCAAAGUGAACGAUCUUAUCGAAGGUACUCAAUACGAGUUCCGCGUUAGGGCGGUUAACAAAGCUGGACCUGGUGAACCGUCGGAUGCUUCCAAAUCUCAUCUGGCGCGACCCAAGAACCUCCCGCCAAGGAUCGACAGGAAGUACAUGUUGGACGUGAAAGUGAAAGCAGGCGGCUUCUACGACUUCGACGUCCCAGUGAUCGGAGAACCACCUCCAACCAAGACCUGGACAUUGAAGGGCACGCCAGUCAUCGGGGACGACCGUAUCAAGAUCGUAAACGAAGACUACAACACGAAGGUCCGCGUGAUCGAAGCCAGGCGUUCCGAUUCCGGUGUGUACACCCUGGAAGCCAAGAACAUUAACGGCAGGGACGCGGCAACGCUGAACGUGAACGUCCUAGACGUGCCAGCUCCGCCGGAGGGACCUCUGAAGAUCGACAACGUGACCAAGAACGGUUGCAACCUCAAGUGGCGACCGCCGAAAGACGACGGUGGCUCGGAAAUACAGUAUUACCAGGUCGAGAAAAUGGACACGGAGAACAUGCGAUGGGUGCCAGUUGCCGAAGCAUCCUCGACUUCCGCCCACGUGGAUCACCUGAUCGAGGGACACGAUUACCAGUUCAGGGUACGUGCCGUGAACAAGCAAGGUGAAUCGAUGCCACUCACUGGCAUGGACACGAUCACCGCCAAAGAUCCGUAUGAUAAACCGGACAAGCCUGGAGCACCGGUCGCCACCGACUGGGACAAAGACCACGUCGAUUUGGAAUGGGCACCGCCUAAGAAGGACGGUGGAUCGCCCAUUACUGGAUACAUCAUCGAAAAACGACCUCGAUUCGGAUCCUGGGAGAAGGCCGCGGAGAUCGACGGCAACAAAACCAGCGGCAGGGUUCCUGAUUUAGUGGAAGGACAGGAAUACGAGUUCAGAGUGAUCGCCGUUAAUAAGGCUGGUCCUGGAGAACCGUCGGAAGCUUCCUCUCCGAUCGUUGCUAAACCACGCUUCCUUGCCCCAUCUUUCGACCCGCAUUGUUUGAGCGACAUAGUUGUAAAAGCUGGACAAAAGAUCAGCUUCAUCAUUCCCAUCCAGGCGUCUCCUAAACCUAUGGCCACGUGGACCUUGGAGGGAGCGGUGAUCAUGGCUGAUUCUCGCCAUGAAAUGUACACUACAAAUACCGAGACAACAUUCGAGAUUCCAUUCUCUGUUCGUUCCGACACAGGUCGAUAUGCAUUGACGUUGCAGAACGAACACGGUAAAUUCAGCUCGAGCGCGAGGGUCACGGUCCUCGACAGACCGUCACCGCCACAGAAACCACUCGAGAUCAGUAACAUCACCAAGGAAGGUUGCCACUUGGCUUGGGGUCAUCCAUUGGACGACGGAGGCAGCCCGAUUUUGCACUAUGUUGUCGAAAAGAUGGACUUGUCUCGUGGCACCUGGUCCGACGCUGGCAUGAGCAUGAUAUUAAGCCACGAAGUUGCUAGAUUGACGCAUCGUAAGGAAUACUUGUUCCGUGUGAAAGCCGUCAAUACCAUCGGCGAGUCUGAUCCGCUCGAGGCGCCCAAGAGUAUCGUAGCUAAGAAUGAAUUCGAUGAACCUGAUGCCCCUGGAAGACCACAGAUCACAGACUGGGACCGAGACCACGUCGACCUGCAGUGGCCAGCGCCAAGCAACGACGGUGGAUCUCCACUUACAGGAUACAUUAUUCAGAAGAAAGAGAAAGGUAGCCCUUACUGGGUGAAUGCAGUCCACGUACCUCCGAAUCAGACGAACACCACCGUGCCCGAUCUGACGGAGGGACAAGAAUACGAGUUCCGUGUGAUCGCGGUGAACGCUGCUGGACAAUCCGAACCGUCUGAGCCUAGCGACCUCGUCACCGCUAAACCCCGCUACCUUGCUCCAAAGAUCAAAACACCUCUGCAAGAUAUUCGCAUCAAGGCUGGUCUUAUCUUCCACGUCGACAUCGACUUCGUCGGUGAACCGACACCGGAAGUUACAUGGACCGUUGGAAGCAAAGAGCUGGAAACCACCGACAGAACAACCGUCACAUCGAUUGGUUAUCACACUAUCGUUCACACAGUGAACGCAAAGAGGUCCGAUUCCGGAUUGUAUCACUUAUUGUUGAAAAACAGCAGCGGCAUAGACGAGGGUAGCUUCCAGGUGAUCGUUCUCGACCGACCGGGACCACCGGAAGCUCCUCUGGAGUACGAAGAAAUCACCAGCCAGUCGGUGACGCUGUCCUGGAAACCACCGAAAGACAACGGCGGUAGCGAAAUCACUGGAUACGUGAUCGAGAAACGUGACUUGACCCACGGUGGCGGUUGGGUUCCAGCGGUAACUCACGUCAAUCCGAAGUACAAUCAUGCCACGGUACCAAGAUUGCUCGAAGGUACCACGUACGAAUUCCGAGUAAGCGCUGAGAACCUUCAAGGACGUUCCGAGCCUUUGACCACCGACCAUUCGAUCGUCGCCAAGAAUCAAUUCGUUGCACCUGGACAGCCUGGCAAGCCAGAAUGCGUCGAAGCCGACAAGGAUCACAUCAAGAUCAAAUGGACCGCGCCGAUUAGUAACGGUGGAUCGAAGAUUAUCGGUUACGACGUGGAGCGCCGCGACAGAGCAACCGGUCGCUGGCUAAAGAUGAACAAAGAACCCGUGAAAUACGCGGAAUUCUACGACGACCAUGUAACCGAGGGCCACGCUUACGAAUACCGUGUGACGGCCAUAAACGCCGCUGGAUCUGGCAAGCCUAGCGACACAUCGGCUGUCUUUAUCGCGAAACCGAUGAAAGAGAAACCGAAAUUGAAUCUCGACGCGCUUAUCGGACGCAAGAUCAAGGUCCGUGCCGGAGAACCGAUCAACGUGAACAUUCCACUGUCCGGCGCGCCUACACCCACCAUCGAAUGGACCAAGGAUGCAAGGCCUCUGCUAGAAACUCUUCGAAUAUCGACCGAAACGAAGAGCGAUCGCACCAACCUGUCGAUCGAGAAAUCGGUCCGGGAGGAUGGCGGAUUCUACACGGUCACGGCAUGGAACGAGCACGGAAAAGACUCGGCAGAGAUCGAGGUGAUCGUUGUCGACAGACCUGGUCCACCUCAAGGUCCUCUACAGUACACCGGAACUACCCAAGAAAGCGUGUCCCUGUCCUGGAACAAACCUCUGGACGACGGUGGUUCCGAUAUCACGAACUACAUCGUCGAGGUAUCCGACUACGGAGCCGAUAAUUGGCGACAGACACCUGGAUAUUGUCCGCGUACCAGCUACACCGCCAAAGGACUCACCGAAGGCAAGAAGUAUAUCUUCCGUGUUCGAGCGGAGAAUAUGUACGGUGUGUCGGAACCGUUGGAGGGUAAGCCAGUUAUCGCGAAGAGUCCAUACGACCCACCGGAUGCGCCCAGUCAGCCGGAAAUCCUUGGAUAUACUCCAAACAGUUGCAGUCUUUUCUGGAAUCCACCGCUCAAUACUGGUGGCAAGCCUAUUACUGGUUACUAUGUGGAGAGACGCGAGCGCGGAGGCGAAUGGCUCAAGGUCAACAAUUAUCCAACGCCAAACACAACCUUCACGGUACAAGAUCUUCACGAGGGAACCAAAUACGAAUUUAGAGUUAUCGCUGUUAACGAAGCUGGACCUGGUAAACCCAGCAAGCCCACCGAACCAAUUACUGCUGGACACCAGCGAUUGCGUCCUGAUCCUCCAGAACCACCGAAACCGGACAGAAUCACAAAGGAUUCGGUAACACUAAGCUGGCGUCCUCCGCGCAGCGACGGUGGCGCCAAGAUCAGAGGUUAUAUCGUUCAAAUAAAGAAGAGAGGACAAGAUGAAUGGGACGAAGUUAACGGUGCCCUGAUACCAACGAAUGUCUACACGGUGCCGAAACUGACGGAGGGCGAGGAAUACCUCUUCAGGGUGAUCGCCGUGAACGAUGUCGGCAACAGCGAUCCAAGCAAACAGAGUAAUCCAAUCGUCAUCGAGGAACAGCCAAACAAACCGGUCAUGGAUCUGGGUGGUGUUCGCGAUAUCACCGUUCGUGCUGGCGAGGACUUCUCCAUUCACGUGCCGUACAUCGGCUUCCCGAAACCUACUGCCACUUGGUUCGCCAACGAUGUGGUCAAGGACGACACUGACCAUCGCGUGCAUCAACAAUUGGGCGAUGACUAUGCCAGUCUGGUUGUGAAGAAUUCCAAACGAUCAGACGGUGGAGUGUACAGACUCCAGUUGCGCAAUUCAUCUGGCUUCGAUACGGCUACGGUGAACGUUAAAGUUCUCGACAGACCGAAUCCACCUGAGAAUCUACACGCCGACGAAUUCGGUGGAGAUGCUCUCACAUUGUUCUGGAACCCACCGAAGGAUAAUGGCGGCGCUGAUAUCACCAACUAUGUCGUCGAGAAGCGAGAGCCAAAGGGUACCUGGUCGAAGGUGAGCAGCUACAUCACAACGCCAUUCGUUCGAGUACGAAACCUGACCGUUGGAAGCGUCUACGAAUUCCGCGUGAUGGCCGAGAAUCAAUACGGCACUUCGGACCCAGUGACAACGAUGGAUCCGAUCAAGGCCAGACAUCCGUUCGACCCACCGGGUGCACCUGGAACGCCCAGAGGCGUUGAAACAACGGAAGACAGCAUAACGAUCACCUGGACCAAACCUCGCCACGAUGGAGGAUCUCCAAUUCUUGGAUAUGUUAUCGAAAAACGUCUAUUAAGCGAGGACAAAUGGACGAAAGCCACACCGUCUCUCGUUCACGAGACUACUUACAGGGUAACAGGACUGAUCGAGAACCACGACUACGAAUUCCGUGUGGCUGCCGAGAACGCAGCCGGUCGUGGACCGUAUAGCUCGAACUCUGAGGUGAUCAGAGCCAGCGCACCACCAUUCCCACCAAGGAUCACGUCCGACUUGAGUAUUCGCGACAUGACGGUAAUCGCCGGAGAACCGUUCACUAUAACCGUUCCGUACACGGCGAAUCCAAAACCAAGACCAAGCUGGUCCAUCAACGGCGAGGAAGUACUCACAGGAGAUAGGAUCAAGUUCGACACCACUGACAUUGCCUCGCAAUUCAUCAAUAAGAAGGCUAAACGAUCAGACACUGGAACUUAUACUAUCUAUCUCACGAACACUGUCGGCACAGACUCUGCCUCCUGCAAAGUGCUCGUUGUCGACAAACCAUCUCCGCCUCAAGCCCCAUUGGACAUUUCGGAUAUUACUCCGGAAACUUGCGCACUGUCCUGGAAACCUCCCUUCGACGAUGGUGGUUCACCUGUUACGAACUACGUCGUCGAGAAACUGGAUCCGGCUGGUUACUGGGUGAAGCUGAGCAGCUUCGUAAGAAACACGCAUUACGACGUGAUCGGUCUGGAACCGAACCGGCAGUACAACUUCCGCAUACGCGCGGAGAACCAGUACGGAGUAUCGGAACCGCUACAGGCGGAUGAACCAAUCACUGCUAAGUUCCCGUUCACGGUGCCCGAUCCACCUGGACAGCCACGUGUUAUCGACUGGGACACCUCGAAUGCGACUGUGGUCUGGACACGACCAAUAUCGGACGGUGGUUCUCGAGUCCAGGGUUACAAGAUCGAAUUCCGCGAUCCUGCGGACGAUGCCCAAUGGAGAGUGGCGAACGACUAUCUCGUCAAGGACACAACAUACAUUUGCUACAAUCUGCUCAGUGGCCACGAAUACGAGUUUAGAAUCCGAGCGAAGAACGCGGCUGGCUUCAGUAGACCGAGUCCACCCUCGGCACCGUUCAAACUCAAGAGCAAAUUCAAUGUGCCCUCGCAACCAGGCACCCCACAAGUGGUCAAGGUCGGUAAGAACUACGUCGACCUCAAAUGGGAGGCUCCGAUCUCCGACGGCGGCAGCCGUAUCACCGGUUACAUCAUCGAGAAACGGGAAGUCGGAAGCGCCCUCUGGGCCAAAUGCAACGAGUACAAUGUUACCGACACGGACUACACCGUUAUGCAUCUCAUCGAGCGCGGUGACUACGAGUUCCGAAUCUUCGCGGUCAACGCAGCCGGAAGAUCCGAACCUAGCUCUUGCACCACUCCUGUCAAGAUCUGCGAGGUCGAAGGAGGCGAGAAACCAGAAUUCAUCAGAACUCUGCCCGUCAGCCAGAACAUACCACUUGGCAAGACCUUGGUGUUCGAAUGCGAAGCUUCCGGCAAACCUUUACCCACCGCCAGGUGGCUGAGAAACGGCAGGGAAAUCACGAUAGGUGGUCGCUUCAAAACGGAGGCGUUCGAUGGAAUUUACAGGCUGGUUAUAUCAGACGUGAUGGACGCGGACGCUGGUGACUACAGUUGUCAGGUCUCGAAUCCAUUGGGCAUUGCCACCACAACGACUCGAUUGAGGAUCGGCACUCCGCCGCGUAUCGAACGAAUGCCCGAUGAUCUGUACCUUGCCGAAGGCGACAACACGAAGAUCAAGAUAUACUACAGCGGCGAUCAGCCCAUGGACAUUACCCUCAAGAAGGACGGCCGCAAGAUCGUCGAAACGUCGCACGUCAAGUACACCGUGUUCGACGAGUACCUUAUCAUCUUUAUCAAGGAUAUCGAGAAGGACGACGCCGGCGUUUACGACCUCUGCAUCUCGAACGACAGCGGCAGCGUCAGCGGUUCGUUCAACGUCUACAUCACUGGUCUACCUGGACCUCCAAUUGGACCUCUGGACGUAUCAGAUAUCAACAAACACACCUGCACAUUGUCGUGGCAUCCACCGAAAGUGGACGGUGGUCUUCGUGUCACUCACUACGUGGUCGAGCGUCGCGACGUCAGCCUCACACACUGGAUCAUCGUUUCGUCCUUCUGCAAGGACACGACAUUCAUGGUCCAAGGUUUAACCGAGGGACAGGAGUAUCUGUUCCGAGUUAUGGCGGUGAACGACAACGGAAUGGGACCGCCGUUGGAAGGCACCAACCCCAUCAAGGCCAAGGCGCCGUUCGAUCCUCCUGGACCACCGGGAACACCAAAGGUGACAGAGGUCGGCGGAGAUUUCGUCAAUCUCUCUUGGGACAGACCGGAAACCGACGGAGGCUCGAAGAUUCAGGGUUACUGGAUCGACAAACGGGAGGUGGGAGGUCAAGCCUGGCAACGCGUGAACGUGGCCAUCUGUCUGCCCACGCAGAUCAACAUCCCGAACUUGAUCGAGGGAAGACAAUACGAAUUCCGUGUAUUCGCUCAAAACGCAGCUGGUCUUGGCCCCGAAUCGAAGGCCUCGACGUCGGUGAAGAUCUCCGAUCCUCAAGCGGCCAAGGCUCCAGAGAUCAUACAACCGUUGCACAAGGUGAACUGCGUGCAGAACCACAACGCACACUUCCAAUGCAAGAUCGUUGGCAUACCAAGGCCGACGAUCACAUGGUUCAAGGGCGCCCGCGAGAUCGUCAGCGGAUCUCGGUACAACAUAUACUCGGAGGGCGACGUGCACAACCUGAUAAUCCACGACGUCUUCGGUGAAGACGCUGACGAAUACUUCUGUCGUGCCGUGAACAAAUGCGGCGUCAAAUCGACGAAGGGAGAAUUGUUAAUCAAGACACCACCGAAAUUGAAUGUACCACCAAGGUUCAGAGACACCGCCUUCUUCGACAAAGGUGUCAAUGUAGUUAUCAAGAUUCCGUUCACUGGCUACCCGAAACCGAAGAUCAGCUGGGUCAGAGAAGGCGAGGCAAUCGAAUCUGGAGGACACUACAACGUUGAAGUUAAGGAACGACACGCCGUUCUAACGAUCAUAGAUGGCAGUCGAAUCGACUCUGGACCGUACCGUAUCACAGCGGAGAACGAUCUCGGCCAGGACACCGCCAUCAUCAAGAUCCAAAUCAGCGAUCGACCGGACCCACCGAGGUUCCCCCAGAUCGACAACAUCGGUCACGAUUCGUUGGCUCUUAGCUGGAAACCACCGUUAUGGGACGGCGGCAGCAACAUCACAAACUAUCUCGUCGAGAAACGGGAACACCCGAUGAGCAGCUGGAUCAGAGUCGGAAACACCAGAUUCUGCACAAUGGCGGUCACCGGGCUGAGCCCUGGGCAUCAGUACGAUUUCAGGGUCUGCGCUGAGAAUAUCUACGGUAGAUCCGAUCCCAGCGAAGUGACACCGUUGAUCACGACAAAGGGCAUCGUCAAGAGGGAGUUCAAACAAAAGGAGUACAAGGUGGACGAGUCCGGCAAGAAGAUCCGCGGACGAUCCGACGAGAAACCGUCCGAUUACGAUCAAUUCGUGUUCGACGUGUACAGCAAAUACGUGCCGCAGCCGGUCGAGAUCAAACACUUCUCCGUCUACGACCGUUACGACAUUCUCGAGGAGAUCGGCACUGGUGCGUUCGGCGUGGUGCAUCGUUGCCGCGAGAGAGCCACUGGAAACAUAUUCGCCGCCAAAUUUAUCCCCGUGUCCCACGCGAUGGAGAAGGAACUUAUCAGGAAAGAGAUCGAUAUAAUGAAUCAACUCCACCAUCCGAAACUGAUCAAUCUCCACGACGCCUUCGAGGACGACGACGAGAUGGUUUUGAUAUUCGAGUUCUUGUCCGGCGGUGAACUGUUCGAGAGGAUCACGGCCGAGGGUUACACCAUGUCCGAGGCUGAGGUGAUCAACUACAUGAGGCAGAUCUGCGAGGCCGUUAAGCAUAUGCACGAGAAGAACAUCAUUCAUUUGGACAUCAAGCCCGAGAACAUCAUGUGCCAGACACGCAACAGCACGAACGUCAAGUUGAUCGACUUUGGUUUGGCCACGAAACUCGAUCCCAACGAAGUGGUCAAGAUCAGCACCGGCACCGCCGAGUUCGCCGCGCCUGAGAUCGUCGAGCGUGAACCGGUCGGCUUCUACACGGACAUGUGGGCCUGCGGUGUAUUGGCCUACGUUCUAUUGAGCGGCCUUUCACCGUUCGCCGGCGACAACGACAUCGAAACACUGAAGAACGUUAAGGCCUGCGAUUGGGACUUCGACGAAGAAGCAUUCCGUGAUGUUUCCGAGGAGGGCAAGGACUUCAUUAGACGACUGCUCGUCAAAAACAAAGAGAAACGUAUGACUGCUCACGAGUGCCUGUUGCACGCGUGGUUGACCGGUGACCAUAGCGAUCGAACUAAAGCUAUUUCGAGCAGCCGAUACCUCAAGUUCAGGGAUAGGCUGCGCGCCAAGUACGAGAACUGGGACAAAUACAUUCUUCCCAUUGGUCGUCUGGCAGAAUAUUCUUCGCUUAGGAAGUUAUUGGUCGACAAAUAUAAGAUUUACGAUUCUUGCUUCGACCGCAGACAAGCCGCGCCAAGGUUCGUCAUCAAACCUACUAGUGCAUUCGCCUACGAAGGCCAGAGCGUGAAGUUCACUUGUCGCGUGAUCGCGAUUGCCGACCCGACUCUCACGUGGUUCCACAACAACCAGGAACUUCGACAGUCUGUCAAAUUCAUGAAACGAUACCAUGGUGAUGACUACACCUUCAUCAUCAACAGAGUGAAGCUAGAGGACAGAGGAGAAUACGUGAUCAGGGCGGAGAAUCAUUAUGGUUACAGGGAGGAGGUUGUCUUCCUGAACGUGCAACCACUGCCCAGAGAGAUUCCAAAGUACAGGCCGGAAUUACACCCGGUCCGAAGAAGAGAACCCCUCGGCUACAACAUCUGGAUGGAAACGAUCGAAUCCGCGCCCAGUUUCACCUUCCUCCUUCGACCCCGUGUCAUUCAAGUCAGGCAAACUUGCAAGCUCCUCUGCUGCCUGAGCGGCAACCCACCGCCCUCUGUGAAAUGGUACAAGGACAGGGACGAGCUCUCCAAGCAUCACUACGCGAUGACCCACUCGGACGGUGUAGUGACGAUGGAGAUAAUCGACUGCAAGCCGGAAGACAGUGGGAAAUACCGUUGCGUGGCGACCAACAAGCACGGAAAGGACGAGACCAGCUGUGUCGUUAUUGUCGAAGGCACUGGAGAAACUGAGGAGCAAGUUAAAUUAGCGCACGACCUCCUACAUUCCGGAGAUCGAAGAUUUAUCGAGCAACCAUUGAAACCGGCACCACCGCCGAUCGUGACCGUUCACAAGGCCGGCGGAUACAGCGGAUAUAGUUCCACCACCACGCAGGGUUAUUCGAGCAGUUCGUCGACCAAUUACAAUAGUUCUACCACUAAGCAAAAUUCCACGACUUCCUCUUCCUACAAAGCUACAGACUCCAGCACGGACAAACGAAGCGUCAAGAAAUACGGUCUCGACGCCACCGGAAGCCCAUCUCGUUCCAGGAGCACCACCAAGGAAUUAAUCCAUCCCCCGGACGACUCGAUGAGAGCGCCCAAAUUUACACAGAAGCUGAACGAUCUUACCAUCAACGACGGUGAACAGCUAGAGCUCAGCGCGAAGGUCGACGGUGAUCCAGAACCGCAAGUCACCUGGUCCAAGAACGGCAAGACCCUCAGCUCGUCUGGUAUCAUGGAUCUGAAGUACAAAGCCGGAGUCGCGACACUUGUUAUCAACGAAGUGUUCCCCGAGGACGAGGGUGAAUACACUUGCCAAGCGACCAACAGUAUGGGUACCGUAACUACCUCGUGCAAGCUGACCGUGAAACCCAACGCGAAUGCGUCUGCGAAAAAGAAAACCGACGACAAACCUCCGAAGAUCGUGGAUCAUCUGACGAGUAUGUUCGUGAAAGACGGCGAGACUGUGCUGUUGAGCUGUCGAAUAAUCGGCGCGAAGAAGUUCGACGUGGUCUGGCUUCACAAUAACAAAGAGAUCAAGCCCAGCAAGGACUUCCAGUACAGCAACGAGGCGAAUAUCUACAAACUUAAUAUUGCCGAGAUCUUCCCCGAGGAUUCCGGCACCUAUACCUGCGAGGCGUUCAACGACGCUGGGGAGAGCUUCUCGUCGUGCACAUUAAACGUCCUUGUUCCAAACGAGGAACCGAAGAGCCCAGUCUUCACGACAUUCCCGCAAUCUGCAACGGUGAGCGAAGGCGAAUCGGUUACGUUCACAUGCAAGACUGAAACCGCGCCUUUAAAAGUAACGUGGUUGAAAGACGGAAAAGCGAUCCCAGAAACUAGUAGCAGGUACCUCUUCAGUUCGGACGGCGACAAAUCGUUCGAAUUAGGUAUAAAAUCAUGCACGGCCAGCGACGUUGGCCAAUACGUUGCCCGUGCGAUCGGCAAGAAGGGCGAAACGAACGCAGCGUUUGCCCUGAACGUCACCAGCGAGCAGUAACAUCGUUAAUUUUCAACCAGCGCAAAGAUCGCAAUACGACAAGCUGCUUCAAUAUUACCGAGAGAACAAUGAUUAGACAAACACAGAAAAGAGAUAAAAUGUAUAAACGGACUGUAAAAAUUUGCGACUCGCGAAGAAUUGCGACCCGAUAAGUGUGUGGUAUUAUAAGGUUCGUGUAUAAAUGAGAUAUCGGAGAACCGCUGGUAUUCGCAACUAUUCUCUAUAUGUAAAUUUUCAUGGAACGCUGUAUUUUCCUUUUUUGUGUGCUUAUCAUAUCGCAAACAAUGAAACACAAUCGUGUCGUUGUAUGACGAAAGAUGAAUCCGGAACGUCGAGCAAACACACACGGACAGCACGCGCAAACUAUACGCUAAUACGAGCUUUGCUGCAUACACGAAUUAGCAUAUUUUAAGUACACAAUGGUGUCAUAACGACAGUAACGAAAUUGAGAAAACAAUUGAAACGUUCACGGUCGAUCUCGGCACGACAUCCAGCAUCCUCGACAUCCAUCGGAACAUCAACGUGUGACCAUCUUGUCUCGCCGAGAUUACUGUACGAAUUAACUGAUACUGUCGAAAUGUACGUUCUUAUUCCAUGUAAUCGUACGCACUGUCGUGUUAUACUUGUUUGAAGACUGCUUCCGUUACAAAAUUUACGAUUAAUAAAAUAUGAUUAAAACAUAAAAGGUUGAAUCUUCCCCCUUCCCGACAAGUAUAUUUUACGUUUCGUUACAAUACCGCUUUAACCUUUGUUAAAGCGCAGGAUUACGAAAGAAUCAUUUCUUAAUUUCAUAAAAUAUUUCAG